CUGCGUCAUCGGCAUAUGACGUUUAUCCCGGAAAUGGCCACGCAAGCGACUGGACUGUUUGGAGAACCAUAACAACUCUAGUUAGAUAAUUGUCAAUUUUCAUUUACAACAUGCUGUCAGAAGAAGGAUAUUAGCUUCAUUUACAGUAUCAUAUGCGUUUCGUUGGAUAUCGUUCGUGGUUUUACAACCGGUGAAUAACCGACCAUGAAGAGGGACCAGUCAGAUGGACAGACAGACCUUCCUCUCUUCUCUAACCAUGUGACAAAAGUAUUCUGCUCACCAAACAUUUUUCUACCACGCCAAAAGGGGACGAAUUAUCUCAAGAUGCCUCGGUUGGAAGACGUCGCCAACAUUGUUCUGAGAGUGCCAAGCAUCCUGGUACUGGACUUGCUCUAUAAAUGUGACAUUGAUAGCUUCACAGAGCACCUCAGGGCGAAGAACGAAGACAUGCUCUUCAAAUACAAAUAUGUUAUCUGGAACCUCUAUUACCUAGAGGAAAACCAGGGCUGUAUUCACUAGGAACCAAACAGAAGCAAGUGGAACAAAACAGGGAGGGACUUACCUGAAUUUGCCCAAUAGAAACUCAAGUUUUGUUGAGAAACAUUUUCUGUUGGUCACGUGAUCAACGUGGUGAUGUUACUUUUACCAUUGAGACACAUCAUCAAGCUCUACCUCUACAUCCUCACCACUCUGCUCUUUUACGUGGGACACCAGAUCUCCAAGGACUAUGUCCAUGGAGAGGUGCAGUAUGGGUAUGACGGAGCCCUGUACCUCGACUCUCAGGCCUUCAACCGCUUUGUCUCUUCCCUGACUAGUCAGGUCAUAUUGAGUACGUUGUGUGCCUUCCUCAUGAAGACCAGGAAGGUGUGGCUGUUCUCUGCCCACCUUCUGCCCCUAUUGGCCCGUCUCUGUGCCAUGCCCCAUAACACCCUGCUAUUGGUCAACUCCUUCUCCACGGCCCUGACUGGAAUAGGUGUGGCCAUGUUCCUCCUGUCCAAUCUGUUCGUGCCGUACCGGCUGGCCAGGGCAGCCUACUCUGAACUGCUUCAACUGGAGGUGAUAGAGCUGUAUAGACUCCUAGCGGUGACUAUCUCUCUCUGGAAUCAGUUUGCAGUGCCAGUGUUGUUCAGUGUGUUCUGGUCUGUGCUGUUUGUGGUCCAGCUGUGUUCUUACUCCAUGACCAACAAUACAACAGGCAACCAUGAGGGGGUGCUGUUCUUCCUCCUCACAAGUGUCUCUGAGUGCUGUGUCACGCCCUACUCCCUGCUGGGCCUGACGUCGGUGGUGUCUUACCUGGGCCUGGGGCUGCUCAACCUCACCAAGUUCUACCUGGGGGGCUACACUGCAGUACAGAAUGACAACGUCAUGCACAGAGGUGUGACUGAAGGGGUAACGUUGCUGCUGCUGGCUCUUCAGACGGGUCUUUUAGACAUGCAGGCUCUGCAACGCACCUUCCUCCUCAGUAUCAUCCUCUUCAUCGUCGUCACCUCCACUCUGCAGUCCAUGAUAGAGAUCACAGACCCCAUCAUCCUGGCCCUGGGGGCGUCUAGAAACAGGAGUCUAUGGAAACACUUCAGAGGUCUCAGUAUGUGUCUGGUCCUGCUGGUGUUCCCAGGAUACAUGGCAUAUAAAAUCUCCCAGUUCUUCCACAUGGACUUCUGGCUCCUCAUCCUGGUCUCCAGCUGCAUGCUCACCUCUCUGCAGGUGACGGGUACCUUGCUGAUCUACUCCCUCUUCAUGGUUGAGCUGUCCUGUAGCGACCCUAUAGACAGCCUGGAUGAGAUCAUCUAUUGGGUCAAUGCAGUCAGCCGCGUGCUGGAGUUCGUUGUGGCUCUCUGCGUGGUGGCCUACGGGACCUGGGAAUCUCUGUUUGGGGAGUGGAGCUGGAUGGGUGCCUCAGUCAUCAUCAUACACUGCUACUUCAACGUGUGGCUCAGAGCCCAGACCGGCUGGAGGAGCUUCCUGCUUAGACAGGAAGCAGCCAAGAAGAUCAACUCCCUCCCCCGGGCCACGGCCAAUCAGCUGCAGCAACACAACGACGUUUGUGCCAUUUGCUUCCAGGAAAUGAGCUCAGCCGUGCUGACGUACUGCGGACAUUUCUUCCAUGGAAACUGCCUGCGUAAGUGGCUCUACGUCCAGGAGACUUGCCCCAUGUGCCACCAGGCCGUCCGCCCCACCCUGCCAGCCCCAGCCCAUGCGGCAGGAGACUUCCAGGCUGCUCCUCUGCCCUCUAGAGGUACUGGGCCAGGCCGGGUAGAGGAGAGGAGAAGCUCCAGAGAUCAGACUCCAGUCAGGGAUGCCACACACCAGCCCCCAGCUGACCUGCCGUCCCCAGGCUCCCCAGAUCAGCAGGAAGGGACAGAGAGCCUGGGAGAGGGAACCAGUGGUUCAGAUAGAGAGGACAGAACGGGACGCCCACUUAGGAAACCUGUCCAGGAUCUCCACUUCAGCUCCACUGGGGACUUUGUAGGCUUCGUCAGCCCACGCUCUUCUGGGGGUAGUCCUAGUCCAGGGAAGCAGAACCUGGAGCCUUGGGAUGGAGCUCAUCCUACCAGCAGGUACAACGGUGAAGGGGUUGACUACACGAUCAAAGGACUAUUGAUGCAAUCUGCUCCCAAAGAGCAGAAUGGCAGAGUAUUGACUAGAAUGAAUGGGGCUAGAGAGAACUGCCGGACUGAGAACAACCUUGUAGGAGAAAACCAAUGUGGACCUAUGUCAGGGACAACAACCAGAAAGACCUCAAGGUCUAAGAGUGUGAGCGGGAUAGGAGACGUCACCCAACAGAUCCGUGAACACAGGGGACGACCACGGUCACACACUCUAGAUGGUGGACAUGCACAGCAGGAUGAAAGCCAAUCAGAACUGGACACGCCCUGGGAUGUUAAAUCUACCCGGCGACAGAGAUCUAGGAUACGCAGUAGCACCAGAACAGAGGAGGAGGGACUCCGUCACAACAGAACAGAGGAGGAGGGACUCCGUCACAACAGAACAGAGGAGGAGGGACUCCGUCACAACAGAACAGAGGAGGAGGGAGUCCGUCACAGCAGAACAGAGGAGGAGGGACUCCGUCACAACAGUACCUUAGCGAAGUGGUGAAGUCCACUGAAAAUCCCCACAAUGCCUUGUUUUUGUGAAACAACGUUGGAAAACUAAUGUCCUACCUUUCAGCUGGCAGUCUGAUAAUACAUGUGUUUAUUUAGUUAUUUAAUUCAUGGUGUCUGUACUGGAUUGGAUUUAGGGGCAAACAUGUAAAACCCAAGAUGAGAAAUGAUAUCUAUGAAAGGCACAAUUAUAGAUUAAGGCUGUAUGGGUCAAUGAUGAAUAAGAUUUUCAAAAGUUUAAAAAAAUUAAGCGGAAAAAUAUUAAUUUUGAAACACUUUUGUAUGUUCCCUAUGCAUAUUCAGUGUUUGUCGCCCAAUUUUUUUAAACAUUUUGACUGUUAAAAUGUACCUCCUAAAAUAAAAAUAAUAAUAAUAAUAAUUCGGGGAGAAUAAAAAUAAAAAUAUUAAAAUAUUCUGACCGUUAUUUAAAGUAAAACAUGAAUAUGUUCAUGGUGUCAAGGAUUCAACAUCAAGGAGGGAAACAAUUACAGUAUAACAAAUCUGAACUGGACAAUCCCUCAUGUUGAAUGAUUGUCAACUACCACUUCUCUAGACAAAUGAAAACCGUAUCAAAUUUAACAAAAAAUAUAUUUUUCUCUUUUAGACUGAGCGUCUCUGCAUUUCUGAUACAAAAUAAUGCUGUUUUUUAACAUUAAAAACACUGGUUGAG